CUAAGCACGCCGUCAGUUUUGCCUGUACUAAAUCUGCCGGUUAAUCUGUACGACACCUCCAGCAGUGUAUAGUCGCCUAGUAGUCUCUGCUCUGUUUAUCCGAAAGUUUAUCCUAUUUUGUCGGGUUUGACCGUCUUAUCAGAAUGGAUUAUCCGAUUUUCUGUUUAUUAUUUGCACUUUGCUUGGGAUACGUUCAAUCUUACGGUCAAAAUUUUUAUUACGAAAAUCAUAAGUAUUGUGAUGACAUGAGUCCAUAUUUUGGUGAUAUUGAUUUAGAUACAAUUUCUGGAGUUUGGUAUGGUGUGGAAAAAAUCCCUCACGCUUCUAAGGGUGAAUAUAGAAUAGAGCACACCAAUGAGUGUUUUCACAUCGAAAUUAAGGAAAUUCAUGUCCAGCCGACUCCACCAACGCCGUAUCCACCUCUUACGAAUUACCCUUACGUGGAUCGAGCUUAUGGAUAUCCGGAACAAUUUAGGAUAAGGCACUUCGUGUUGGAAUGGCACGAAGGAAUUUGGCAAGAAGACUAUCAUGUUAGAGUCAACACGUCACACAAGGGAUUCUGGCCUACUGACGUACCAGAUAGAUCCGUCGACAGAAAUUAUCGCUUCUUUGGUGGCGUUAUCCAAGUACUGAAGGUGGCACAUAAUCAUCUGGUACUCAACUUCUGCAUGAGACUGCCCAGUUCUCAACUUUAUAGCGUCGUGCUGUCCAGAAAUGAAAACCAACUUACACCUGAAGAUCUGUCAAGCAUCCACAGAAUCUUUUCUAUGAAGAAUCUAUCAACAUCGGCAUUGAAGCGUGUGUGCGAAAACUCCGCGUCUAGCUUUAGUAUAUCAAGUGCUAUUGCACUCACGGUUUCUUUAUUACUUCUUUGGAGAUCUCACUAGUAUUUAAUUCUUUAUAAUAACUACGAACUGAAUACUAGUUAGAACUGUAUACUACGUUUAUUGUGUUUGUACGAUUUAUUGUAUAUUUAUUAUUAAUAAAAUUAUUUUUCUAACAU